AAUUUGGACAUGCGCAGACCGCGACAAUUCUUAGCAGUCGACAACAAGUCUCACUAGUAACAGUUAGAUGUCAUGAAUGGCAUGAAUUGAUGUAAAAAUGGGAUGCGGUGGCAGCACGUUGGAAAAUGAUAGCCCUACAGGAUUAGUGCUACAUAAGAGAGACAAAAUUACCAUACAUCUUCAUGUUGGGAAUGAAGUGAAAAUUCUUGCUGCAAAACCACAAGUCAUUUUAGUGUUCGGAGGGCCAGGCAGUAGAAAAGGAAAACUUCUUGAUGAUGUUUCACAUGUGUAUGGAUUGAAAUUAAUAAGCACAGAAUCAAUUCUUAUGGAAGAAUUGUCCGAAAAAUUGGAUGAUCCGAAGUCAAGCAAAAGGACAGAGGAUAUCGCAUCUCUGAUCAAGAAUCAACCUGAACUGCUAAAAUUGCAACGGGUCUUUAAUCACGUAUGCAGCAAGAUGGAAAAGGAAGGGAAAAACAACUGCUUUUUGUGGGACUUUAUGCCAAACUUAAAAUUCUUGAUGACUCAAUUUCGAAAUGUAAAGGAUUGUGAGAAUGAUUUCAAAGUGUUUGAAAACAGGUUUCCAAUAUCAUUUGCAAUCAAUUUCAUGGUUACGAAUGAAAAGAAUAUCAUGGAACCUCAGUGUGCUGUUCCAAAGAAAGCAGACAAGGCAGAAACAAACACUCCAGCUGGUCAGCCCAAGCAAUCAGAUGAGGCUGAUACUGGUAGACUUGCGAAAAGAGCUCGCCUCUAUGCCGAUUGUGUCGAAACAUUCACAGAUUACUUCGCCAAGCGGGAGAAGCUGGUCUCCAUGGAUGUAUCAUCCAAAUCCAAGGAAGAUAUAUGGGAUAAAGUAUGUGAAUUCUUCUCAAAUCUAGAAGUGCCACAUGUCAGAAAUGUCGAUACAGUCAUCUUUUUUAUAUUUGAUGACAAAGAUGCUCAAAGUUAUAACACUGACUUUCUAGAUGCAAAACGUGUCAACGUCUGUGAUAUGGCAGUAAACAUAUCAUCACCUCCGGACCAAAUAAUUCCAGCAGUAUGCAAAUACAUUGAUGAUACAUAUCCCAUACAGAAGAAGUUCAUUGUAGAUCUUCAUGCAUCAAGUAUUACAAAAGAUUGCAUGAAAAAGGACCCACAGAAAGUUAUACAGUUUUUGGAUAAAGCAGAAAAUGUUGAUGUACAGUUCUACAUUCCCUUACAAACCAAGACAGUUCAAAAGCUCCCCAAAGUAUCUGCUCUUUGCUCAUCUGAGAAUGAGGUAUGCCUUUUCCCAAUGGAUGUACCUCAUGGUCUUUGCAAGUACAUUGCUGGAUUAUACAGAGCCUACAAGGAACAUGUGAUAUCAAACUCAUUGUGAGAAGCAAGGGUGUGAUAGACCUUGAUGAAUGCUACAUGUACAUAUAACUAACUGCAAAAGGUAUUUGGUCAAGUAAAUACAGUUUUGUUUUAGAGCCCAAAUCAAUCAUGUUUCAUUUAUUUAUCUCUUACUUCUGUGAUCCUUGAGAUGUUCUGACUAUCAUCAUAGUAUAUACAGACAUUUAUAUUUUUAAUAUUUUUUCUGACAUUCCUUGUUUUGUUAUUAAAUCUAGUGGAAUUAUAUUUAUUAUUGAAAUAAAGGAAGAAAAAUUCA